AUGGCAUAUGUUCUAGAAAAGACAGGAACAACAAGAUGUGCACUAGAUGCGGCAAAAACAGAAGUGUUUACGCAGAAAAAGUUUGCAGACUUGAUAUACGACUCGCAUGCCCGGGGGACAGACUAUUACCUAGCACGAGUGCACUGCAAAGAGAAAGACUCAAAGUCAGGAAACACAGUAUACUACUGCUAUGAUGCUAAGCAGCUGUGCAAGUAUGUCUUUGAAAUGGUCAUAACGACCGAGGGAAGAAGAAUCAGAAUUAAAAACUUUAAGGAUCCGGUUAAUCAAAAGGAGAUUGCAGAAAUAAACUUUUUCAAGCUGAGACACGACAGUGAGACUCCACUCAAGGCCGAGUUUAUAGGAAACCAUGUCAGUUUUCUAGAGUCCAACAACUUCAGAAGCAAGCUAUUCAACCAGGAAGACCCACUCGAUGCACUGAGCGUUAAUUUUCAAUUCAAAAAGAUUGAAAAGAUCACGAGUUUGAAGAAAAAGAAGAUCAUAGACACGUUUGCUUUGAUAGUUAUUCUUUGUGUUAUAGCAAUGGUGGCCCUUGUUGGGUACAGGAGUAGAAGAGGCAAGGUGGCUGGCAUUGGCCCGAUCACAGAAGUCAAAAAGCAAUAA